CUCCUGGAAAUAGUCUUCCCGUGACCUUUCCACUGAACCUAACAGUUAAGGCAAAAUCUAUAAAUGCGGUCGAGAUCAGGAAAGAAUGUGACUCUCUUCCUUCUGUGAAAGGAGAACAUGGAUAAAAUGUGUUUCUAGAUUAUGUGCUUCACAUUUCUCAAAGGGCAACAUGAGUAAGAGAGAGAGAAGUGUGUGUCAACAAACCUGGGCCUUAUUCUGCAAGAAUUUGCUUAAAAAAUGGAGAAUGAAAAGGGAGUCCUUAUUGGAAUGGUUGAGCUCAUUGCUCCUACUGCUUAUUUUGUACCUAUAUCCUAAUUCUCAUGAAGUCAUUGAUUUUUCUUCACUGCCUACCAUGGACCUGGGACGGGUAGAUUCAUUUAACCUAUCUACAAUUAAGAUUGCAUACACACCUCUCACCAAUAUAACCCAACAGAUAAUGAAAAAAGUUGCCUUGGCCUCCUUUAUAAAUGAAACAGACAUCUUGGGACUGUCUGAUGAAGGAAGUAUUGAAGAAUUAAGGAGACAUCUUUCUAGGGAAGUAGUAGCAGUCAUCUUUACUAAUACAUUCUCAUAUAAUUUGAAAUUCUCAUGGUAUAAACAAAUUUCAAGAAGGAAGGAACACAGAGUCCAUACAGCUCAUUGUUAUGAAACAUAUUUGGGAGAUACUGACUGUGGAGUUACAACAUCCUGGAAGACAGGCUUUGUGGCUCUUCAAGCUGUCAUUAAUGCUGCUAUUAUAGAAAUCACAACGAAUCACUCGGUGAUGGAGGAAUUGAUGUCAGUUACUGGAAAAAAUAUGAAGAUACAUCCCUUCGUGAGACAACAAGGGACGAUCAUGAAUAUCUUCCUUUUCCUCUACAUUAUUUCCUUUUCCCCAUUCAUUUAUUAUGCCUCUAUUAAUGUUACACGAGAGAGGAAAAGGAUGAAGGCUUUGAUGACAAUGAUGGGUCUUAGACAAUCAGCAUUCUGGCUCUCCUGGGGCUUGCUCUAUGCUGGUUUCAUCUUCAUCACUACCCUUUUAUUGGUGCUUAUUAUAAAAUCUACCCAAUUUGUAAUUUGGACUGGCUUCAUGGUGGUCUUCACUCUCUUUUUCCUCUAUGGACUGUCUUUGAUAGCUUUGGCUUUCCUAAUGAGCGUCUUGAUAAAGAAGUCAUUCCUCACUGGCCUGGUUGUGUUCCUUCUCACUCUCUUUUGGGGCAAUCUAGGAUUCACGGUCUUGCACAGGCAUCUUCCUGUGUCCUUGGAGUGGAUGUUGGGUUUUCUCAGCCCCUUUGCCUUCAUGCUGGGAAUGACACAGCUCUUACGUGUGGACUAUGAUGUGAAUUCCAAUGUACUUCCUGCUUUUUCGAACUACUCAAGUCAAAUAAUAACAACACAUUUUAUGUUGGCUUUUGAUAUUUUCAUCUAUCUGGCACUGACGAUUUAUUUUGAAAAAAUUUUGCCAAAUGAAUACGGACACCAAUACUCACCCUUGUUUUUCCUGAAGUCCUCAUUUUGGUCACGACAACAUAAUGCUGAUCAUGUGGCCCUUGAAGAUGAAAUAUAUUCUGAUCCUUCACCUAAUGACUCCGUUGAACCAGUGUCUCCAGAAUUCCAUGGGAAAGAAGCCAUCAGAAUCAGAAAUGUUACAAAAGAAUAUAAAGGAAAGCCUGAUAAAGUAGAAGCUUUGAAAGAUCUCGCAUUAGACAUAUAUGAAGGCCAAAUCACUGCAAUACUUGGUCACAGUGGAGCUGGGAAAUCAACACUAUUAAACAUUCUUAGUGGGCUAUCUGUUCCCACCAAAGGUUCAGUCACCAUGUAUAGUAAUAAACUUUCAGAAAUGGCUGACCUCGAAAAUAUCAGCAAGCUCACUGGAGUUUGCCCACAGUCCAAUGUGCAAUUUGACUACCUCACUGUGAGAGAAAAUCUCAGACUCUUUGCUAAGAUAAAAGGGAUUCCACCACAGGAAGUGGAACAAGAGAUACAAAGAGUUGUGCUGGAAUUGCAAAUGGACAGUAUUAAAGACAUCGUUGCUCAAAACUUAAGUGGUGGACAGAAAAGAAAACUCACCUUUGGGAUUGCCAUUUUAGGAGAUCCUCAGAUUUUCCUAUUGGAUGAACCAACUGCUGGGUUGGAUCCCUUUUCAAGGCAUCAAGUGUGGAACGUGCUGAAGGAGCGGAAAAUGGGCCAUGUGAUCGUGGUCAGUACCCAGUUCAUGGAUGAGGCUGACAUCCUGGCUGACAGGAAAGUGUUUGUCUCCAAAGGGAAGCUGAAGUGUGCAGGCUCAAGUCUGUUUCUAAAGAAGAAAUGGGGGAUUGGGUAUCACUUAAGUUUGCAGUUGAAUGAAAUGUGUGUUCAAGAAAAAAUAACAUCCAUUAUUACAAAGCACAUCCCUGAUGCCAAAUUAUCAGCAAAAAGUGAAGGAAAACUUGUCUAUACAUUGCCCUUGGAAAGAACAAAUAAAUUUCCAGAACUUUAUGAGAAUCUUGAUCUCCAUCCUGACCUGGGAAUUGAGAAUUAUGGUGUUUCCAUGACAACCUUGAAUGAAGUGUUCCUGAAACUAGAAGGAAAAUCAACUAUUAAUGAUCCAGGUAUUGCCACAUCUGGAGAAGUACAAGCAGAAGAGGCUGGAGACACAGAAAGACUUGUUGAGAUGGAACAAGUUCUCUCUUCACUUAGUGAGAUGAAAGAAACAGUAGGUGGCAUGGCUCUGUGGAGACAGCAAAUUCGUGCAAUUGCAAGGGUCCGCUUAUUAAAGCUAAAGCAUGAAAGAAAAUCUCUUUUAUCAUUGCUAUUGAUUCUAGGAAUUGGAAUUUUUCCUAUUUUGUGGGAGCAUAUCAUCUUGAAAACAUAUGAUGACACUUACACAUGGGAACUUUCUCCCCACUUAUACUUCCUUGCUCCUGGACAACCACCGCAUGAUCCUCUCACUCAGUUAUUAAUCAUCAAUAAUACAGGGGAAAGCAUUGAUGACUUUAUACAUUCCAUGGAGCGUCAGAACAUAGCUUUGGAAGUGGAUGCAUCUGGAAAUAGAAAUGGCUUAGACGAUCCAUCUUAUAAUGGAGCCAUCAUAGUGUCUGGUCACAACAAGAAUUACAGUUUUUCAUUAGCAUGCAAUACCAAGAGACUGAAUUGCUUCCCAGUUCUAAUGGAUAUUGUGAGCAAUGGGCUGCUUAGAAUGGUUAAACCAUUAGCACGUAUCCAAACUGGGAAAAGCACGUCUUUGCUGGAACUGGAUUAUCCAUUUAGAUUCGUGAUGCCUUUCAUCUUCUGGCUGUUUUUGUCAUCCAAUUGUGUUCCAUACAUUGCCAUGAGCAGCAUCGAUGAUUAUAAGAACAAAGUGUGGUCCCAGCUUCGGAUUUCAGGGCUCUUCCCUUCUGCUUACUGGUUUGGACAGGCGUUGGUGGACGUCCCACUAUACUGGCUGAUGUUCCUUCUAAUGUAUUUGCUGGAGGUCAUUUUAAACUUCAGAGAAUUUAUGUUUAAAGUUUUAAAUGAGGCUAUACACAUCCCAUGUGCUAUUGGAUCUAUCACAUCCCUUAUUUUCUUUACAUAUGUAAUUUCGUUCGUUUUUCGCAAGGGGAAAAAAAAUAGUAGCAUUUGGUCUUUUGCCUUCCUUGUUAUCGCUCUUUUCUAUAUUGGCAUAUUCCUGAUGGGAUUUCCUAGUCGUAAUUUACUGCUUUUCAUCAACUUUUUCGUACCACAAACCGCAUUAGUUGGCUGUAUGCUCUCACCUUUUUAUGUUUCGAUAUUUUCUUCAUUUUAUGAAGAGAUCUUUCUGGUAUUCCUAAUUACUUUCCUUCAACUUAUCACCUUGAUUUUUAUUCUUCGAUGUCUGGAAUGGAAGUUUGGGAAGAUAUCAAUGAGAAAGGAUCCCUUCUUUCGAAUUUCUCCAAGAAGCAGCGAUGUACACCAAAAUCCAGAGGAGCCCGAGGGGGAGGAUGAAGAUGUUCAGAUGGAAAGAGUGAGAACAGCUAAUGCCUUGAAUUUCACAAACUUUGAUGAGAAACCAGCCAUUAUUGCCAGCUGUCUACGCAAGGAGUACACAGUGAAGAGAAAACACUGCUUUUCCAAGAAGAAGAAGAAAAUCGCCACAAGAAAUGUCUCUUUCUGUGUCAGAAAAGGUGAGAUUUUAGGAUUACUAGGACACAAUGGAGCUGGUAAAAGUACAUCCAUUAAAGUGAUAACUGGAGACACCAAACCAACUGCUGGACAGGUGCUACUAGAAGGCAGCAGCGAAGGGGACCCUCUGGGGUUCCUGGGGUACUGUCCUCAGGAGAACGGGCUGUGGCCCAACCUGACAGUGAGGGAGCACCUGGACGUGUUCGCUGCGGUGAAAGGGCUGAGGAAAGCAGACGCCACAGUCACCAUCACACGGUUGGUGGACGCGCUCAAGCUGCAGGAGGAGCUGAAGCGCCCCGUGAAGGCCUUAUCAGAGGGAAUCAAGAGAAAGCUGUGCUUCGCGCUGAGCAUCCUGGGAAGCCCAUCGGUGUUGCUGCUGGACGAGCCGUCCACGGGCAUGGACCCCGCGGGGCAGCAGCAGAUGUGGCAGGUGAUCCGGGCCAGCUUUAACAACUCCGAGGGGGGCGCCCUCCUGACCACCCAUUACAUGGCCGAGGCAGAGGCCCUGUGUGACCGUGUGGCCAUCAUGGUGGCCGGGAGGUUGAGAUGUAUUGGUUCCAUCCAGCACCUGAAGAGCAAAUUUGGCAAGGAUUACCUGCUGGAGAUGAAGGUGAAGACCCUCGCCCACGUGGAGCCCCUCCACAGCGAAAUCCUGAGGCUUUUCCCCCAGGCUGCUCGGCAGGAAAGGUACUCGUCUCUCAUGGUCUACAAGUUGCCGGUGGAAGAUGUGCGACCUUUAGCACAAGCUUUCUUCAAAUUAGAGAGGGUUAAACAGAGCUUCGACCUGGAGGACUACAGCCUGUCACAGUCCACCCUGGAGCAGGUCUUCCUGGAGCUCUCCAAGGAGCAGGAGCUGGAGAAUUUUAAUGAUGAACUGCAACCCUCCAUGAAGCUGAAGCUCCUCCCACAGGAAGAGCCUUGAAGCCCCAAGUACUUUCUGUUUCCAUUCAAGCCUGUGGUUGUUUUUGAAGACAUUUAUUUUAAUAGCCUCAAUGCUUGUAUCUAGAACCUAUAUGGUGAACACUGACAUGGUGUUUGGUGUGGUGGCGAGGAGGAGUGAGCACUUGCAAAUGCAGUGACAACAGGGACAGAGGCACCUGACUGAGCCCACCUCCCGGUCCCAGCCUACGUGUGUCUGCAGGUCACCCUGAUCCCAUUUCUCUGUAUAAUGCUGAAUAAAUAAAUUUACAUUUCUGAUUAUGAUA